AUGACUUCCACGACACUGAGUGAGGCGGGCCUAAUCAUGCUCGACCGCGAGUUGAGCAGUUACAAUGGCCACCAUAAGAUCGACCAGUAUCACCUCACGCAAGGGCAGUUGCAGCCUUCUAUUGAAACCCUACGAGGCGAGCCGGACGUCGAAAAAAUCAAGCAGUGGCUCCGACCGAGCAAUGUCAACAACGAAGACAUUGCACGAUGGAGCGGGCAGCCGGCUCUCAAGAUCCUGUUCAUCCAAACGCACAACGAUUUCAGCCGGGAUCCGGGAAAGAACCCGAAACAUCGGACGAUCCCGUGUCGAACAGAAGUAACUCCUCUGCCCACGCGAGCGAAGCAACGGGCCAUGAUCAAGGACAUUUUCAACCAUGCUCGGCUCCCUCUGGCUGCUCUGGGUGCCUAUAUUCGAUGCAACAUCACUUUCUGGGACGACUCGCCGUAUCGGGUCGUUGGUCAACAAGGCGCCGAUGGAGGAGCCGUCACGUCCUUCUACACCAGCGGCACGUCGUGGGCUAUCGCCUGGUCAUACUUUCACGCCACUCGACAUACAUCGGCGGUCAUGUUCCACCGAGAAGGCGACGGAGACGAACGCCGACAAGAGCUCGAGGCCGAGAUCCUCCGGCUCAGAGAACACCUUGCCCACCCGAUGCUUCUCGCGUACAUCAAGAUGAACAUCAGCCUGCAUUGGACAUUUCGCAAAACCGACGAGAUGAAUUGGGACACGUACGAAGUCGAGCAGACGCUCGGUCUGGCCACCUGGGACUGGGUGUUGGAUCGCAGAAUUGACCCUGCAUAUCAGGCCGACAUCGAAGAGGACGCCGAGAUGAUCGCCGAGGCGCAGGAAGCCGCGGUCAGUCAGUUCCACGUCUUGAGCGGGAAACUCACCAACAUCCUGUUUCGACUGAGAGUCUUCAGGGAUCAAAUCCGAUGGAUCGAGCGUUGCAAUGACAGAUAUGUCGCCACGCUGCAGGACGACGGGCAGCGUGACGAAUGCAUCCGACUUAACCAGAAACUGUUCCAGAUGUGGGACCUGAUCAAUGUCUACCUCCAUGAUGCUGAGACCUUGUCCCACCGCCUUGACAAGCAAAUGGUCAUCAUGUCUCACCAGGUGGCUCAACGCGAUGCGCGCAUCGGCCUCACCAUCGCCUGGCAGGGAAGAAACUCCAACUCGGCCAUGGUGGCCUUGGCCCUGGUAGGCUUCAUCUUCCUGCCCUGGACGUUCAUCGCCAAUCUCUUUGCCACGCCCAUGUUCAAUUGGAAGAUCAUCGACGACCAGGUCAUUGUCAGGGAGCCCUUCAAGGUCUACUGGAUUGUCUCCGGCGUGCUCACCUUCGUCCUCGGACUCAUGUGGGCGGUCUGGAUAAUCUGUAGACAAUACGCCGACAGAAAGAGAAGGGAAAGGAGUAAGUAUCUCUUUGAAAAGGCCCUGAAGAGUAGCAUCGUCGUAAAGCAAAGUGCUCGCUUGAACAGGACAGCCACCCAAGAUAGUGUACGGACCAAGGAUUUUGCAAGGUCAUGGUGGAAGAAAGUCAAGCUCCAAGGAUGA